AUGUUUUAUCUUUCACAUAUCGUAUUAAUUUCAUAUAUUUCAUGCAAUUCCUAUACCUUUGCGGAGCAAUUUCCAAAGUCUGACAAAAAUGGACAAGAGCUACUUUUAUGCCGUAAAUGUGGCGCUGACGUGGCCGACUCUUAUUACUUGUUCAGUAAACCAAGUCCAGGAGCUCAUAAGACAGACAAACAGAAUUUAUUUGGGCGGCAGAAUGUCACAGUGCAAACUUUGGUAAAUCCAUUUGGGAUCAAAUUUGAUGUAGUGACUGCAGAAAAAGCAAGAUGUGAUAACAUAGGACCUAAUCAAGGUGCAGACUCUUGGUUUCCUGGAUACAGCUGGCGAAUCUGUGCUUGUCCACAUUGUGGCCAACACUUAGGUUGGACAUUUGAAAAGUCCAUUUCUAAUAAUAUAGAUAGCGAUUCAAGUGAUAAUGUUAAAUCGUUUCAUGGACUGAUUUUGAGGAAUAUUCUUGGUGAAAAUUUUACGGACUCUCUUAUAAUGAUGCCUAAGAUGUAUAAAAUGUAA